AUUAUUCGAGGACCAAUGAAAUGGCCGCAUCUAAAAACUUCAAUGGGCUAUUAUAAAAACGGGUGUUCUACUAUUUUUGACAUAUUUCAAGCAAUUUCAGUAUGCUCAACAUGUAUAUAAAAGUUAAAAGCGAGUUAAUAACACCUCUUACAGUUGAUACGGAAUAUGAAUACGAUUUGGAUAUGACAAUGUUUCCGGGAAUAAAUGAUCCUAUAGCCAGACUUCAACCAACAUUACUGAUACACUCAAGAGGCGGUUGUGUCUGUAAACAAGAUUCAUAUGCUGAAUUGCAAGAAUUAAUAGAAUCAUGUACAGACUUAGAGUGCAACGAAUCAGACAGUUUCAUAGAUGAAUUUCUUGAUGAUAGCGAUGAAGAAAACUCAGUUUACUCCUCGACACCAUCAAACACAGAUGAUGAUUUUUCAAACUGUUCUACUACUCUUAGUAUCGAUGAUGAAUACCUAUAUAACGGAAUAGCAUCGAUCACAGACCUAUUUACACCCGAUAUCACCACAUCGUUACGAAAUGCUGAAAAACAGACACCGGAGCGGACAACCUUGUCUCACGCCAUUCAGAAGAGAGGUACAAAGCGCAGACUGUUCUCGGAUGAAGAAAACAAUCCUCCAGCUAAACGGAAGCAAGCAUUUACAUGUGAUGAUAGAGAUCUGUUUUCAGUGCUAGAUGGAUUAUUUAACCACAAUCAAUGACAUUACCGGUAUAAACUAUAUAUUCAUGUUGAAAUAGCUAUUUUAUGAUUUUUUAUUAUACUUACUUUAUUCAAAUGUAUAUUGUAGAAUAGUGCGAUGUGACAAAUGGUGCUUCAGUUUUAUGGUGCGGAAAUUUUAUAUUACUAGUGCAAAAUGUUUGUUAAAAGAUUUUGUUAUUGUUU